AUGCGGCACAGAGACAAGGAGAUGGAAAUGAGGAAAAAGAGAUUAAGAGACAAAAAGCAUAGGAUGACAAUGUCUAAUAUAAAUCUAAUCAGAGUUCCAGAAAGAGAAAAUGGAAAACAGACAUUUUUCAAAGAGAUCACCAUUGAUAAUUUUCCAAAACUUAUCAAGGACAUUAAUCUAUAUAUAGUCAUUCAAAUUCUAGGAAAUAAGUUUCCAUGAACUUUGGUGGCAUAGAAAACUGACCUGCCAGAGUUCCAGGGAGAGCCUGAUGAGAUUUCCAUACAGAAGUGUCAGGAAACAGCUCGCCAGGUACAGGGGCCUGUACUGCUGGAGGACACCUAUCUGUGCUUCAGUGCCCUUGGGAGCCUCCCUGGCCCCUACCUAAAGUGGUUUUUGGAGAAGUUAAAGCCUGAAGGUCUCUACCAGCUCCUGGCUGGGUUUGAGGACAGACUUGCCUGUGUGCUCUGCACAUUUGUGCUCAGCACCAGGGACCCCACCAAGUUAGUGUCCCUGUUCAGGGUCCAGAUCGGGGUGCCCCAAGGCUUCCAGAACUUUGGCUGGGACCUCUGCUUUCAGCCUGAUGGAUAUGAGCAGGCAUAUGCAAAGAUGCCCAUAGCUGAGAAGAACACCAUCUCCCAUCACUUCCAGGCCCUGACUGAGCUAGAAAAACACUUUUGCAGCCUGACUCUCUGGUAG